GAUUGGGGAAAACUUAAUGCCACAACUCUGCAGCCCACUGAGCAGACGUCUUCUGGAGCAGUAUUCGAAUGUUGUAAACCACUUCGGCAGGAAGGCUAUAAGUCUCUUCUCAUCUCAGCGUCUGGUGGGAUACUCAGUCUCCCUUUGGCCUACAGUCUCGUUGCAAUUUUCAAACAAAAUCUUCCUGUUGCCCAACUGGUUACAUUUCUUAUCACCGGUGUUCUUCUUUUCAUUCAAGUGAGUGGAGUUAGUAAACUUAGUUGA